CGAGGCUCUUGGGCAGGCAUCGGUGCCUCUGCACCAAAAUAAUAAUAUUCUCUUUCUUUUCUUUUUCUUCUUCUUCUUCAUCCUCUCUAAUUUACUAACCAACCACCACUUUCUCCAUUAACAGCUUUUCCGGAAUAAGAACCAAAGGAAUAAGAAGGAAUCAUUCUCUGCACACUCCCCGCCGGAUCUAUCUAAAGCUGCUGCUGCUGCUGCUGCUGCAAAAUGAAGUGAUGGAUUCCGAGCACCAACGGAGGAAGCGCAAACGAAUCUCCAGAUUCCACUGCCUAAGGUCUCUUCUCUUCACGUGCUGCUUCAUCUUCCUCGCAUUCUUUUCAUUUUCCUUUUACUUCUCCGAUCGGAUUCUUAUACCUUCCACUUUCUCUAUCUUUUCAUUCUCAACGGAGCGGUUUCGUCUUAACGCUUUCUUAUCUUCGUUUCCUUUGAGAAUCGAAGAUCGAGUUCUCUUUCCAGAUUAUCUCCUACUCUUGCUAAGUAGUACUACUAGUAGUAGUAGUGGAGAUAAUCGGAGGACCAUAAUUAAUACCUGCGUUUACUUUAGUAAAACCGGAAACUCCAAAGAUAAUAAUAGGAUUAUUUAUAAUAUAUUGUCGGCGGAAGAACACGAUGAGCGUCGGUUGAUAGUCAGGUGUCCUCUUCCGCCGGAGAAUUACUCCGCUGCUGCGGUGAAUUUGCAGACGCGAGGAAGAAAUGAUGCAAUUUCUUCAAACGAUGAUUAUAAUAAUAAUACAGUUCAUUCGUGGGAGACAAUUGUGUAUGCGGCGGUUAUGUAUGACGAGACGGUUGUUGUUUUCGUAAAGGGGCUGAAUCUCCGAUCCGGUAGGGAAUCGGACCCUAGCCAAUUGAACUGUCAUUUUGGAUUAGGUAAUUGGGAGAGAAGCGAGAGGUAUGUUCUUACUUCAAAGGCUAUUACGGCCGCUCAAGAAGUUGUUAGGUGUUUAUUGCCAAGAACUAUACAAAUGAAUCCUGAUAAAGCAGAUGGAAUUCGUGUCACCAUUGGAAUGCAACCGCAAUUGAAGAACAAGGAUCACGUUCUCUUGAUGAUGCCUUCAGUGGCUAAGAUGUUUAAAUUCCCCAAGAAAACAAACAAGUACAAUCUCUGUGUGUGUACAAUGGUGUGGAAUCAAGCUUCUUCACUUCGCGAAUGGAUCAUUUACCAUUCCUGGCUUGGAGUUGAGAGAUGGUUCAUUUACGACAACAACAGUGACGAUGAAAUCAAAGAUGUUAUCAAAGAGCUUCAGCAAGAGGAGGACUACAAUAUCACAAGACAUGUUUGGCCAUGGAUCAAAACACAAGAAGCAGGAUUCUCUCAUUGUGCAAUGAGAUCUAGAGAUGAAUGCAGUUGGGUUGGAUUCUUCGAUGUUGACGAAUUCUUCUACUUCCCUCAUCCAAAUAGAAGGAAACACAAACCCAUAUCAAAUCUAGGGUUUCCAGGGAAGAAUUCAUUAACAAGUUUGGUAACCAACAUUUCUUCUUCUUCCCCAAUUGCAGAAAUCAGAACAGCCUGUCACAGUUUCGGACCAUCUGGAUUAAAUUCACUCCCAUCUCAAGGAGUUACAAUAGGAUACACUUGUCGUCUCCAAAGCCCUGAACGGCACAAAUCAAUUGUCCGUCCAGAGGCCCUAGACGAUACCCUUCUCAAUGUAGUUCAUCACUUUCGUUUAAGAAAAGGAUAUAGAUACCUAAAUUUACCUCAAAGCACGGCUGUGAUAAACCACUAUAAGUAUCAGGUAUGGGAGGCUUUCAGGGCAAAGUUUUACAGAAGGGUAGCCACUUAUGUGGUAGACUGGCGAGAGAAUCAAAAUGAAGGGUCGAGAGAUAGAGCACCUGGGUUGGGGACUGAAGCCAUUGAACCACCAAAUUGGCCAUUGCAGUUCUGUGAGGUAUGGGAUACAGGGCUUAAAGACUUUAUGCUCACUAAUCUGGCCGAUCCUUCAACUGGAUUACUUCCAUGGGAGAAAAUGCAUCAUCACCUGUAAAGAAUCAUAUAUAUAUGCACCAUUGGUCCAUUACCAACAACAAAUUAAAAAAGGUACCAAUCAAACAUCAUGCAUCUUAAUUUAUUGCUAAUCAUAUUUCUUUCUUUAUUUACUUACUAUAUAUUAGCAAAGAACAAUUUAUGUUGACAACGGAAUAUACAAAGUUAAAAAUAGAAAUUGAUUGAGUGAAAUCAUAAUAUCAAAAUAUUUUAUCCAAUUGUGUUAUUUCCAAUUAUCAGUAUAAGAAGAAACAAGGGUUAGAAUCAUUGAGAAUUGGUCAAUUUGUUUUCAAAUAAUAUUGUUUUAUCUAGAGUAAACAUAUGAAUCCAUAUUCCUAUCCCAUGUCAAAUUAAGCAAUAUAUUUUAUUUCUCAUGUUUUCAAUGAUUCAACCCCCCUCUGAUAUUAUUAUAUAGAAAAAGUGACCCAUUUGAAUUUACUCAAGACAUACUUUUCUUCCUAUUGCAUAAUCUAAUUAUUUUAAUGGCUGAACAUUGCAUUAAAAGAUGAUUCCUUGAUUCUUCACAUGGCACAAAUAAUCU